AAGGUGUUUCUUAGCAAUUCUUGUGAUAUUUAUGAUGGAUGCUGAGUUUACGGGCUGUAGUUUACGGAUUUCUGUACAGUGGUGGGGAAAAAGUGGAUCGGUCACAUGGCGUCUGAUCUAAGCAAUUGUAGUAAGAGCAAAAACAAUUUCAAGCUUUAUGAGAAAACGUAGUUGAUAUGCAUUCGUGUAUUCAGUGAAAUAACCAUGUUAUACUUAUUUUCUGAAAAUAGGCUAAUAUCUCACUGGCAGUAAGAGGGUAAAUUUCAAUCGAAAUAAAGGAAUUCCCGUGGCGUGUUAAACAUAUUACUUUUGGUCAGCACAAAAAUGUCAAAAUAUAGUUAGCGUUAUUAUUCAAUUUCUGGAGAGUGGGUUGCUUCAGAUUCAAGUAGGGCGGGCACUAUGUUCAGGUUUAUCAUAAACACUUUAAAUGACUGUUGGUUUUUAUGUAGCAAUAGUAAAAGGAACUUAAUUGUGGCAAUGCGGCAAUAGUCGGUACUUACUGCAGUUAAGAGGUGGUCUUAUGGCGCAUUUAUUUAUAAUUACCAAGACAGUUUGUUGAGUCACGUUUUAGUUCAUAUGCAAUAAACCUCUAAAAGGUUUGUUAAUUAUUAUAGUGGGUUAGCUAUAAGCCAAAUAUGGCUUUUUUCGGUAUUUACUUAUUAUCUUUAUUGUUUAUUUUAUUGCACACAUGGAAACGCGAAACCGGAAAAGGCGCCGUCCGUCGGUCAAACUACACCAGCAUCCCAGCCAAAACCUACCUGGCACCAGCCAACAACCCCGUCAGCUGCCUUCCACCCAAAUGCCCGAUCAGCUGCCUCCCAACCAACAGCCUGUCCAGCUGCCUCCCAACCAACAGCCUGUCCAGCUGCCUCUCACCCCCAGCCAUCGACUCGGCCAAUGGUCUUCAAACCAACAGUCCGGCCAUCAACCCGACCAGCUGCCUCUCAGUCAACAACUGGGCGACCAGAUGCAGCCUGCAGCAAGCCAGCCAGAUCCGGCUGUUCAAUCGGUGUCUACGAAGCAAAACUGUUCACUGCAGCUUUUAUGCUAGCGUUUUUCGGUUUUCUAAGAGUGGGCGAAAUAGCUGUUCCUAAAAAAGGUGAUAGUAUUUUACAGGCAGCGGUGUUGGCAAUAGAAGAUUUACAAUUUGAUCACAAUGGGGUAAUCAUUUCAAUCCGGCAUUCAAAAACUGAUCAGUUGGGCAAAGGGGUAGCGCUCAAAAUUACUAGGUCAAACAGUGAAUUUUGCCCAGUUGUGUGUCUUAACCAGUAUCUUCAUGUUCGUCCUCAAGGGCCUGGUCCCUUGUUUUUGCACUUUAACAAACAACCAAUUACUCGUUACCAAUUUUCUGCUAUUCUUAAGAAAACGGUUUCUCUUUUGGGUCUAAAUUAUGGGUCUUACAAAUCCCACUCCUUCAGAAUUGGAGCAGCAACUGCAGCUUCCCAACUAGGCUAUUCAGUGGAGAUCAUUAAACAGGCAGGCAGAUGGGCUUCCAAUGCCUACCAAACAUAUGUUCGUCCUGUUCCUGUUGUCAUGCCCAGCCUAAUAAAUAACCCCCAUUAAAAAGGUAUGGUUCAUAUAGUUAGAUUCAUGUGACUAACAAAAACCAAGUUGUAUUUAGGGAAAACCAUCUGGAUACUGGGUUCAUCAAUAAUCAAGCAAGCCUUCAUAGCAGCAAGAUUACGACCUGAAGGGGCCAACCUCUGCCUUGAACCCAACAUCAUCUGGUGGCAAGGGUACAGUGGGUUAACACUUGCAGAAUCAAAGAAAAAAUUUCUUUCGCUUGCCAAUGUGGGUAAUUCUCCAGACUAUAUUGUGUUACAUUUAGGUGGUAAUGAUCUUGGUCGUCGGUCACUGGUGGACCUUCGAAAAUUGAUUGUCGAGCUAUUCAGGACUAUACUGUCUUUAUUUCCAAGUGUUAAGAUUGUAUGGUCUGCAGUGCUUCCAAGGUCAAAUUGGAGAUAUUCUGAUAAUAAAGUUGCUAUGGACAAAGCAAGAAAGCGCCUUAAUAGUCAUGGUUCAUCUAGGGCUUUGGCAUGUGGAGGGCAUUACUUGGCCAACUCUGACUUUGGAAAAUUUGAGGAACAUUUGUUUGAGAAGGACGGAGUCCACUUGUCAACUCUGGGUACAGAUAUUUUUCUUUCUAAUAUGUCUGCAGGGCUUGAAAAAUUUAUAAAGCAUGAUACACCAAUCCAUUACUGAAGUUCUAGAUGCACAAAUUUGGGGGUUCUUACAAUUUUAAAUCCCAAACAUUAUGUAUGUUGGUUUUGCUAUUGAGUCCAAAAAUAGAUAUUUGCAGUUAGUUUGUAUGCAUAUUUUUCUUACUCAUAUGUAUGAAAAAAGAAAAAAGAAAGUUUUUUGCUGCUAAUUUUUAUGCAAUUUUUUGCUGCUAGUUUUUCUGCAAUUUUUUUUUCUGCUGGGUUUUAUGCAUUUUUGCUGCUAGUUUUUAUUCAUAUCUUUGCCUUGUGUUUACAGUUUACUGCUUCCGACUCCAAGCAUGCGUCCAUCCGCCCUGCAGCCAAAGUUCUUUGGCAGUGGCCACCCAUCAUCUCUGGCCCAGCUGGUUUCGAGGUUGGGGCAUUUGGGCCGCUGGGUCAGCGUUGUUGGGUGGCCAUAUGGCAAUCAGUGCCGGAUGGACGCUUUUUACCUGGCACAUUUUUUGGGGAAAAUAUAUAUGAUUUUGUUGGGAGUGCUGAUGGCCGUCACCCGGAGUCAGCACUCAUAUACAAUUUAUUUGUGCAGUUAGUUAUUUGCAGUUAGUUUGGGCUUGCCAUGUUCGCAGGUGGCCCUUGCUGCUUGGAGUCGAGACAUUAUAUGCCAGAACCAUUUUUUAUGUUUUUAUGUUAUAAGGUCCUUUAAUAAAAAGUAAAAAUUAA